GUGACCCACAUCAGUUCGCCUAUUAAUAUACAGAUGGCUACAAACGGCUGCGCGGUCGGAGCUCGGAUCGCGAGGCUCUUUCGGAUCCCCGAUGAGCCCGCUGUUACCUUACCAAUGGACUACGGGGUCCCCUUAAUAGAUUGUCUGUCUCCCAUGGGGUAGAUGGCAAACACUCAUAUUAUUCUUUGCAAAGGAGGGAGAAACACAUCCGCCCCUACUGGAAAAUUUCGGGAAACAUGGCACAGCCAAGUGCUCCCUUGUUACCUUCAUGGUUCAAACUGUCAUAUCUACCACUUGCCCUUGUAGUGGCCCUCGUGUUCAGAUUUGUCUACGUUGCGGCGACUUCUCCGACACGGAGUCUUCCAGGGCCAUGGCACACACGUUUUACCCACUUGCGCCUCAAGCGCGCCGUCAUGACUGGUCAGCGAUCGUUCUACAUCCACUCUCUUCAUGAGAGGUACGGCCCUAUUGUCCGCAUUUCUCCCCAUGAAGUCGCAGUAGCCGACCUCGACGCAUUCAAGGAAAUCCACAAGAUCGGCACCAAGUACCUCAAGAGCGAGUGGUACCAACGACUUGCGAACUUCCCGAAGGCAGGCAUUUUCACUAUGAUCGAUCCUAGGGAGCAUGGCCCCCGAAGGAAGCUUUUGUCGCGAUCUUUCAGCCGAUCUUACCUCCUGGAGAACUGGGAAUCGACUGUUCGAGACAAGGUUGAACUUUGUGUCUCGCAAAUCAAGAAGAACGCUGAACACGAUGUUGCGGACGUAUACCACUGGUGGAUGAUUCUUGCCUCAGAUGUCACUGCUCAUCUCGCUUUUGGCGAAUCCUUCAACAUGUUACAGACUGGCCAGGCCAACGAAUUCAUCCGAGUUUUGAAAAAGCUCAUCAUGUCCGCUGGUAUCAUGGUUGAGGCACCAGUUCUCCGGCUUCUCCGCUUUAUUCCCGUGCCAGCCAUCCAAGAAAUCUUCAAUUGCAACGAGUUUAUUUUCCGUGGAGCCGAUCGCGCCGUGGAACUCGCUCGUUCCCGCUCAGGCGAGAAGAACGUUUUUGCCAAGGUCAUCGAAGAUUGCGAGAAAGAAGGUGAAGGUACUAUCGACGACAUGGACGUCAGAAUCGAAGCAAGCAACGUGAUUAUCGCUGGAACUGACACCACAGGUGUGACCAUGACCUACCUCACUUGGGCUGUGCUUCAGCGACCAGAGCUACAGAAAGCGCUUGAAGAAGAGGUUGCGCAGCUUCCCGAGGGGUUCAUGGAGAACGACCUCCUCGAUCUGCCCCUUACCAACGCCGUCAUCGAAGAAACACAUCGCUUGUAUGGCGCCGCACCAAGCAGUCUGCCUCGCAUCGUCCCUCAAGGCGGGAGCCAACUCGGAGGCUACUACAUCCCGCAAGGCACCACGGUGAGCACGCAGGCGUACACCUUCCACCGCGAUGCGAAGAUCUGGUCUGAUCCGCUCACCUUCAACCCGUACCGAUGGAUCCCCACCAAAGAAGGCGGUACUGCCGAAGCCCUUACGCCCGAAGCCAAGCUGGCCUUCCACCCCUUCGGUGUGGGCGCUCGGUCUUGCGUGGGCAUCCACCUCGCGAAGAUGGAGUUGCGUUACGCCACUGCGAUGUUCUUCCGCGAGUGCAAGAGCAUCAAAUUGGGCGCCAGGACGACGCCGGAUACGAUGGAGUUUGAGAACUUCUUCUUGGUAACGCCAAAGAGCCAUAGGUGUGAGAUCACGCUGAGGAAGGAGAAGAUGUUGCAACUGUAGAGGAAUAAGAGCAUCUGCGGUGUUGGGAGCUUGUUGUGAUAUGGCUGCAUAGGAAGGGCGUUUUCGGGCUGCUGUCUUUGGCCCCAUCCAUGUGGGAGUAGUAAUG